GUCACUGAGUGAGUGAGCGGAGAGAGAGAAGGAAAGGAAAGGAGAGAGGCUGGUCUCUCACUGAUUGAACUAACAAAACAGCAGCGCGAAUCGCGGGCACAACCAAAUGCUCACAGGCUGUCUGUCUCUCUCUCUCACCUGCCGCGUAAGACACUUUGAUGGUCGCUGUCUUGUUAAAUUAACCGGAUUAACGAGAUUGUCCGCAACACUGUUUUGCUUCUUUCUAACACGGACCUCCCACGAUAUCUAUGAAUUAUUUAGACUGAAAUAGCCGAAAAUGACGGAGCUGAGAAGGCGAGGAGGAGGUGGAGACCCUGACAGCACAGAAAGCAUCAGUGACAAGGAGGCAGACGGAGAUGACAGGCUUGGCUUUCCUGGUGAGGGGGAAGAAGACAUGGAGGGCGACUCCAAAGCAGACACACCAGACGUGCCACCUUCCGCAGAUAAUACUCCAGAGUGUUUCAACAAAGCCCUGGAAGGCUUGUCAUCUAGAUGGAAGAACUGGUGGAUAAGAGGCAUUUUGUCAUUGACGAUGAUCGUUGGCUUUUUCCUCAUCAUCUAUUUGGGACCUAUUAUGCUUAUUUUAUUGGUUAUGGGUAUUCAAAUCAAAUGUUUUCAUGAAAUUAUCACCAUUGGCUACAGAGUAUACCAUUCCUAUGAGCUGCCAUGGUUUAGAACUCUCAGCUGGUACUUCUUGAUUUGUGUGAACUACUUUUUUUAUGGAGAGACAGUGGCUGAUUAUUUUGGUGUGCUCGUCCAAAGGGAGGAACCUUUGCAGUUCCUUGUGCGUUAUCAUCGCUUCAUUUCUUUUGCACUGUAUUUGGCAGGUUUCUGCAUGUUUGUACUGAGUUUAGUGAAGAAACAUUACCGCCUGCAGUUUUAUAUGUUUGCUUGGACCCAUGUGACCUUGUUGAUUGUGGUGACUCAGUCACAUCUGGUCAUUCAGAACCUGUUUGAGGGAAUGAUCUGGUUUAUACUUCCAAUAUCUACUGUCAUCUGCAAUGAUAUAAUGGCCUACCUAUUUGGCUUCUUCUUUGGAAGAACACCACUGAUUAAGCUCUCCCCCAAAAAGACGUGGGAAGGAUUCAUCGGAGGAUUCUUUGCAACAGUGGCUUUCAGCUUUUUUUUUGCGUACUUGCUAUCCCAGUACCAGCACUUUAUUUGUCCAGUGGAAUACAACAGCGAGACAAACCGCUUUGCAGUAGAGUGUGAGCCCCCAAAUCUGUUUGUGAUGCAGGAAUACACACUGCCUGCAGUAGUGCAGAAUGUGAUCAGAUGGAAAACGGUGAAUCUUUACCCAUUUCAGAUACACAGUAUUGCACUCUCUUCAUUCGCCUCUCUGAUUGGACCAUUUGGUGGAUUCUUUGCCAGUGGCUUCAAACGCGCUUUCAAAAUCAAAGACUUUGCAGACACCAUCCCUGGUCAUGGUGGGAUUAUGGAUCGCUUUGACUGUCAGUAUCUGAUGGCCACAUUUGUUCAUGUUUACAUAGCAAGUUUUAUCAGGGGGCCAAACCCCAGUAAGGUCUUACAGCAGUUGCUCCUCCUGCAACCACAGCAGCAACUAAGCAUCUUCAACACCCUGCGCAAUCACUUGCGAGAAAAGGGCAUGCUGCCCCCUGCUGUGGAGGAGGCGCAAUGAUGGAAAUCUCCACCAUAGCAGACAAAAACAGAUCAUGUCCUGUUGAACUCUUUAAGCAUUUACCCAUGACUGUGAUCACACAUGCACACUCCCAAUUAACUCUGAAUGCAAUAAUAGAGAGUGAUGUCUGCUAAAAAAACCUUUCUCUUUCAACCCAUUAAAACUUACCAAAUGCAAGAGGAAAAUGACCACAAGGUGGAGGUGUGGUUCUCUAAAGCAGAGCCACGGUUUGGAACAUAAAACACUGGUCUUCCAAUCAAGAAACAUGAUAAAGAAAAGAACAAAGCACAUGGUAGGUGAAUGUAUACAGUAGCACUGUACAAGAAUGGGUCUUGAUUGGAGUGACAUCGUUGAAUGGGUUCUGAGAGUGAUUCUGGCCUCAUUUAGGAGUGUGAUAUUUCAAGUGGAAAUGCUUUGUGACUGCAAUAAUUCAUGGUGGUGACAUUGGAUUUUUGAGAUGCCAUAAUUGUCAAAGUCAACAUAAAAUGUGAGCUUAAUUUAUAACAGGGGUCAUAAACUCAAACCAUUACAAAACAACAAGUCUAAAACAGAAGCGUGUUCUCAAGUCCUACUGUUACUGCUAUGUUCUCGUUUCCCUUCCACAUUAUUAUGUGUGUUUGUGCGAGUGUUAGAAUAACAAUAACAGUGGAUAAGGUAUACAUUGCAUACUCACUUGUGUGUACAUAUCAUAAUGUAUUAUUGUACAUAGAUAUGAUAUACUAGAUCAUAAAUAUAUAGAUUAUAUAUUUAUUAAAAUAUAUGAGGGUAAUUAAAUUCUAUAACAUAUAGUUAUGAAUAUGAUAUGCAAAAGACCUAGACUUGUCUUGUGUUCUUCACUCUAGCACGAUUAAAGUUCUCUAGGGAUGGAGAAUAGCUUGACACAGCCUUUUUGAGGAAGAUGAUCUAUGAAUCAUUUGCUGUGUUUCCCCUACUUGACCAUUCCUUUAGUUGCACUGGAGAUACACGUCUCACUUUUAACCUUUUUAAAUUUGCCAUUCAGGUUUUAUCUACAAACACUGGUGCUUUUGAGUAGAUAUCUGAUCAUGUUUUUUAGAAAAUAUUUCAAAAGUAAAUACAUUGAUUUAUUUUAUUGUUUGUUCUCCCUGCAAUGUUGUGUGAUAAGCUGCACUUAAAAUUGUAUUUUAAAACAAAUAUGGAUUUUCAUGUUCAUUUAAAUUAGCUGAAUUCCUUCAGAAUUGUUUUCUAAACAUAUCUACAAAUUUGCACCAAAGCACUGUCUAUAUUUGCUGUGUAAAGCCCCUUAAUACUAUCAUAUUUAUUUCACACUGAGAUAUGCAUUCAGAUGCUGGAACCUUACUUAAAGAACAAUAAAAUACAAAAGUUUAUAAAGAACAAAAGUAUAAUAUUACUCUUGACAAUUUCAUCCUGUUAAAAUACGUUUUUAGAGAAACAAUUUCCCCUAAAGUGGGUUUACAUAGUGGCCUGUGUCCAUGACCUUUGCCCUAAUUACACACUGGGGUGUAGUUUGGAAAAGUAUUGUAAAUACUUAGUCAUUGAAUCUGCGACCCCUUACCUCAUUCAUUCCUUUUCUGCAAUAGGUUUACAUGUUUACUUUACAUCCGCUGCCCUGUAGACUUUAAGUUUGGCUCAACCAGCUUUAUCAUAGACAUUUUGCAGCCAAGUGAGAAUGUUGUUUGUCUAGUAAUGUAUAGUAAUAUGAAACCUAUCAUACCAAAGAGAACACACCUUCUCUGCCAGGUGUAUAGCUUGUGUUGAGGCUAGUUUAGUUUGUUAAGAGCUUCUGUACGAUUUACUUUGUUACCCAGUGUAUAAUAUUGUAAAAGAUUAUAUUGUUGAGAGGUUUAACAACAAAUGGGUUUGUAAUAAUUAUCAAAGUUUGUGUUAAUCAUUGUAUAAAAAAUAUUGGGAAUAUUU